AUGGACGCGUUCGCCAGGCUGCAGAACUGGUCGACGUCGCUGCAGGCGGCCGCGCGGGACGGGGACGCCGCGGCGAUCGACAGGCUGUUGCGGUCGGGGUGCCACCCCGACGAGGCCCCCAAGGCCGGGGACGACAGCCCGCGCAGCCGCGGCGCCUCCGCGCUGGUGUACGCGGCGCGGGGGGGCGACCUGGACCGCGCGGCCGCGGGUGGAGAGGCAACGGGAAGGAAGGACAUGACCGCCAUAGUAUUUAGCCUGACUGCUGACAUGGCUUACGUGGCGGCCGCGGGCAUGAUCGCCCUCGGCCGCGCCAUGGAGCGCCCGAGCCACUCCGAAGACGUCCUGCGCCGCUGGUUCGCAGAGGCGAAUGGGAAGAAACCUCCCGCGGCGCUCACUGAAGCCACGAUGGUCGGUGCUAUCGGCAGCCCAGGCGACCUCUCCAACGUCGACUGGAAGGCAAUCCAUGAGAUCAUGCACUCAGGCGAUAACAACAGCCUGCCGCCACCGCUGGGGUUCCCCGUGAAGAACGACAUCCCCACGUUCCUCAAUUCGCACGUGUCCAAUUUGGCCGACGGCUCUAUAGCCGCGAAGCUCAUCAAGUUCCUCGGCAUCAAGAAGUUUGCCGCCAUCAAUCAGGAGUUGAUCUUUGGCGACGCGUAUCGCAUAUCCCCCAGUGGCGCCGCCGCUUACCCCGAUGACGGAGAGGCAGAAUACAUGGGCCUCGGUUGCGGCAUGGGCGAUAGCGAGGCCGACGCGGAGGUGCAGCGCCUUCCCGAUAUGCGCGACGAGGCAGAGGAAGGGGGCGCGCUGGGCGUCGGUUUCAGCAUGGGCGGCGGCGGCCACGGAGAUGCGACGCCCGCCGCGCCGCGCCCGCCGUCUCCCGAGCGCGUCGAGGUCGAGCGCGGCUCGCGGGAGGCCAAGCGCGCGCCAGCGAGGCGCGCCGCCGCCAAGAAGCACGCCGCGAAGAUGAAGAGGGCGGCUUCGGCUGCGCCGGCCAAGCACGCGCCGCGCAUUCGCCGCGGCGCCGCGGCUGUUGCAAGGGGCCGAGGGGACAGGGCUGCGCGGGAGACCUGCGUUAAAGACUUCGUGAACCGCUCCGAAAAGUUUCUGGUGGACAAGCUGCGUAAGGGGGAGAUCUUGCCGAAGUGGGGCGGUUUUUUCUUCCGCACCGACGGCGCGAGGUCUUACAAGCUGAAGGAGGAGGGCGUCGUCCGCGAUUGGGUGGCCCACCAGAAGAAGCGCGCCCAUGCGAAGGGGGAGCGGGUCUGGCUGAAGCCGCCCCACAGCCAGAAGCGCCACCGCGAUGUCCCAGACUCUUCCAAGGCGGGCGCAAGGAAGAGGAUCUGGGUCAGAACAGGCACGCAGAUCAUCGAUGGGACUUGGCGCGAGGUCCGCCGCUUCGUCGGGGAGAGCAAACCCGUCGGCUCUGCCCUCGUCAAGAAGGCCACGCUCGGCCAGGACGAGGCCACGCUGGGCCAGGACGAGGUUGGUGUCCCAGAGGAGGCACUCCCGGGGCCAGAGAGCCUUGGCAUGAACAGCUAUACGAAGACGAUCGGCGGUGCCAAAAUCGAGGUGGUGCUGAAGCACCGCCACUACAGGAUCAAGUCAGUGCCUGCAGAUGGCAACAAGGACAACGUGGGCCGCUCCAGGGCAUUCAUGAAAGACGUGAGUGCAGCCUGGGAGGACAUCUUGAAGCUAGCCGGCGUGCGAUUGCUCGACUGGAACUUGGAGUUCGCUGGCGCGCCCACGCCAUGCCCCGCAGCUCGCGUGCUAAUGAUAGAAGGGGGAGAGGUGGAAGGUGACGAAUUAGAGUAUGGUAUGAGAAGCGUGACGAGGGAGCAGCAGGGUAGGAUCGGCACUAUGGCCAAGCAACCCAAGCUCAAGAAGCCCCGCAAGGUCACGAGCAAGCCCGCAAGGAGGUUCAUGCCAAAGAUGAACGAGGCCACUACUAACACGAUCAAACAGCUGGUGCGCAUGAAAGCCCCAGCUGUGCUUGUCUUGGCUGCUGCGCUGAUUGGCUGCCCUGGCAAAUUGGAGGUGGAGUUCUUCGAACAAAUGGCUGGCCACAAGGCGAUCACCCGUUCAUUCGCUGCUGCUGGAUACAACGCGGUCCCUUUCGAGAUCGAGGACGACAACGUCUAUUGCGACUUCGUGGGGAGCGACGGGUUCGCGUGUGCCCUCCGCAUCGCCAUGUCAAUGAAAUUUGGCACUGGCAGCUUCGGGGCACCCGUGUGGGUAUACCUGUGCCGGCUCAUGAAAGUGUGGAGGACCCACAUCUGGAUGGCCGAUUUCGGGGGGGAGACUGCCAAGCCGACCUGGCUGUACAGCAAUGCGGAGUGGAUCGGCGAGAUUAAGGUUAUUAGCGGGAAGAAGGGCGCGAUGAAAAACAGCCAGCACUACCCAGACAAGUUUGGACAUGCUGUUCGGGGACUGUUCGAGCGCCACUGGUCAUCUAUGAAAAAACAGGCGUUCCAGAUGAACAAAGACCUCAGUUCUGGUGAAGAUAGCAUUGACGUUGCAAAAUACAUCAAGGAGAUUAAGGAUCAUUGGAACGAUUCAACCCUGCCAAAGGUCAUUGCUGCUCUGACUGGCGGAUCGGCGUGA